ACCAAAUUUCCGCGAUUAGUACAAACUAAUCGCUCAGUAUUCCAUAUAAACGUCUCUCGGGCCCCUACUAACUUGUCUAUCAACACCAUGAAGAUUGCCCUGAUCAUACUCCUGUGUUUCUACGCGACCACCUCUCUCCAAGACUCGGUGCGAGAGGCGACCGUCAAGGCGAACAGCAAGGCUUGCUCCAAGGAGCUGAUGGUCGACACGAGCUUGGCCAAACGCGCGCUCAAGUCCGGUAACGCCGGAAACGACACGACGGUGAAAUGCUUCUUUAAGUGCGUCCUGGAAAAGGAUGGCACGAUGACCACCACCGGUGAACUGAAUUUGAUGCCCUUCAGAGAUCGGCUGGUCAAGGCGACCGAGAUGAUGGACGCCUGUAGCGCCCUUAAAGCAGAGACUCCAUGUGAUCUGGCAUUUAAUGCAAUGACAUGUAUACGUAACGCCUUUAUGUCGCUGGAGUAGCCAACGCAUUUAACGGAAAAGUAAUUUUACCUGAAUGGUCACGGUAGACAUUCUGCUAACUUUGUACCAAGCUUUGCUUAAAUUGUAUCUAUCCCUAUGACGUAAUUAAAUAAAUCGCUUAUAAUCCUA